UUCUGGCUCCCGAGGAGCCCAACACCAUCACCACCAUCACCAUCAUUGAGUGUGUCUACUCAUAUUGGUGACAGAAGAUAUGAUGACGUGGCUAUUAUGGUCACUACUCAUUGGUUAUGUGACAACAGAACAUCCACCGCUCAUGAAAAGUGACAAACUUAUCGAAUACGCACCACAAGCGAGCACAGAACCUACUUUAGGGGGCGAAAGUAACGAAAAUUUGGAAAACAAUGUGACAAGGUUAUUGGAUAAAUUGAUAGCAAGUCAUGAUCGGAGAAUUCGGCCUAAUUAUGGAGGUCCGCCUAUAGAAGUGAACAUCACUGCACAUGUGACCACAAUUAGUGCAGUUUCAGAAGUGUCGAUGGAUUAUACACUUGAUCUAUACCUUCGGCAAAUCUGGAAAGAUCCACGAUUAGCAUGGGAGUCUGAUGUUGAAGAUUCGUUGACCAUCGGAAUCGAUAUGGUCAAGACAAUUUGGACACCUGACACAUUUUUUCCAAAUGAGAAAAAAUCUUUUUUCCACGAGGCGACAUCACAUAAUUCAUUUCUGAGGAUAGACAACCAUGGAAAUGUAUUGAGAAGUAUUCGAUUAACAGUUACAGCAAACUGUCCAAUGAGUUUGCAUACGUUCCCAUUGGAUCGUCAAGAAUGUGCACUUGAGGUUGAGAGCUACGGCUACUCAACCAAGGACAUUAUCUACCAUUGGCACGGUACGAAUGCCGUGACAAUUGAUGAAAAUGUGCAUUUGGCACAUUUCACAAUUGGAGAACACAAGCAUAUUGAGAGAACAAUCAGUUUGUCAACUGGAAAUUAUUCACGACUGACUGCAUAUUUCUUGUUCAAACGGAAUAUUGGUUUCUAUUUAAUUCAGAUCUAUUUCCCAUCUUCACUGAUUGUCGUGAUAUCAUGGGUGUCAUUUUGGUUGAAUCGAGAAGCAGUUCAAGCUAGAGUUGCUAUUGGAGUAACAACUGUGUUAACCAUGACAACUCUGAUGACAAGUACCAAUGCUUCCCUUCCAAAAGUUUCAUACGUAAAAUCUCUUGAUGUUUUUCUUGGAGUUUGUUUUUUUAUUGUAUUUGCCUCACUUUUGGAGUACGCAGCAAUUGGAUAUUUGAUGAAGCGGAAUCGAAGUGUACCUGCUGCAUCACCGGUUCAAUAUUAUGAAACAGAGGAAUUUUUCGAAAUUCAAUGUCACCCGAAAUUUGUUAGAGGGGCUAUUAACUACUGUGAUGGUGUGCUGAAACGAGAAGCCAGCAGGAAAAAGAGUAGGAAUCGACGUGAUAGCUCUAUGAAAAACUAUCAAAAUAAUAACAUUCAUCAUCGACCAUCGGAUGGUCACGUAGAUCAACGGAUACCUCUUCUAUCAAUGGUUCCGAUGCCUCCUAUUCCAUUCAAACCACAGAAUGGAGCAUGGGGAAAAGUAAGACCAGCCCAGGUCGAUCUAUUCUCUCGUUUUGCAUUUCCCAUCUUCUUUGUAAUAUUCCAUAUCGUUUACUGGACAUAUUACAUAAAUCAAUAAUAUGUUUUGCAUUUCCCUUUCUACAAAUAUCUCAAAAUCCUAUGCAUUUGUGUCAUUCCUGACGGGUUUCCCAAUUCAUGGAACCCAGUUUUCUUCCCAUCUAUGUUUCUUUUCACGAAUCGUUGUAAUUUUUUCGAUAUAGUGCCUUUCUGUUGUUUGUUCUAUAAAUCAUUCCAUCUAA